AUGGCGCACUAUGAUUCCGAGAAUGACGACCAGCCUCGCACUGUUCUUCCGGUUCUUGGAGACUUCACUCUAGCCAACACCGAACCACGAAUGGUCCUUAAGCUCCAUGAACUAGCCGAAGUGGCGCUCCAGUUCGUCGGACCUGGCGGUGUGAUGGCCGUUCGUCUCGUCGCCGGCGUCUGGACGGGAACCAUCUUCGAAGCCCCAGCCGACUUGUCUCCCGAAUUCAUGUUUCCGGUCCGCCUCAUCAACAACCUCAACAACCUCAACAACACAAGGACCGAACGAUUUUGUAUCCGCCGCAGGUUUGCACCCGCAGUGACGGAUCUGAAGACAAUGGCUGCCUACACGGAUGGCGCGUGUGCUUCCAACGGUCUCUCUGCGCCGCGUGGUGCCUUUGCCUUUGUCUUCAACCACACGUCAGAUGGCGUGGCAGAGCUGCGUGCCGUCAUCGCCUUUCUCAGAUUCCGCGUGUGGUGGGGGGAAGGUUGGAAGCGUAUCGUCGUCAUCAGUGAUUCCGAGUAUGUGUGCAAGGGGGCCACGACCUGGCUGCGGAACUGGGCCAACAAUAACUGGCGGACUGCAGCUGGUAGACCAACUGCUAAUCGCGAUCUCUGGGAGGUGCUGUCUGAGUUGAUGGGGACUUAUGCUGAAAGCGGAUGCGAGAUUUCCUUCUGGGCGGUCCCGCGCAGUUGCAACACUCAGGCGGAUGCUGCUACGAAAGCCGCUUGCACUCUCAAGAGCUCUGAUGAUUAUGGUAAUGAAACCGGUGUUCUAGUCUAA